GGUCCUCGCGAACAGGCUGGGAUGCGCGUGUGAGCUCGCACCACAGCCAAUCGCGUGUUCAGAAAACGUUGGGAACGGUGAGAAUUACAUCCGUGACCAUUUUCUUCGUUCAAAAAAAGCCUAUUUUGUGACAAUGAGGAGAUAAUUGUUUUUACGCACCACCUCUCCUACCGGACAAAUUCUGCCCUCCUUCUAUUGUUCUUGUUGUAACCUGCACCCAAGAAGAACUGAGGUGACCGAGCGUCUUCCCUGCCCAUCGCCAAAAGACAUUUCACCCCCUGCAGUGGUUUAUUUUUCAAAUGCCCAAAAACAGCAAAUCCGUCAAGAGAGAGCUUGACGAUGACGAUGUCACAGAGUCUGUCAAAGAACUGCUUCCCAACGAAGACGCCCGUGACGACUCCUUCAAGAAGAGCUCGCUGAUCGCGGACGCCGUCUCCGUGGACAAGCGGAGGGAUGCGGAGGAGGGCUUAGAUGUUGCUGGGGAGGAGAGGCCUGCGUGGGGCAGCAAGCUGCAGUACAUCCUCGCGCAGGUGGGCUUCUCCGUAGGCCUGGGUAACGUCUGGAGAUUCCCCUAUCUGUGUCAGAAGAACGGCGGGGGAGCGUACCUAGUGCCCUACUUCAUUCUGCUGGUGACCAUCGGAAUUCCGCUCUUCUUCCUGGAGCUGUCAGUGGGCCAGCGUAUCCGACGCGGAAGCAUCGGCGUAUGGAACUACAUCAGCCCCCAUCUGGGAGGCCUUGGGUUCGCCAGCUGCAUGGUGUGCUUGUUUGUGGGGCUCUACUACAAUGUUAUCAUUGGCUGGAGUCUCUUUUACUUCUCGCAGUCCUUUCAACAGCCACUGCCCUGGGACGAAUGUCCACUGCUGAAAAACAAGACCAGCACAUAUGUGGUGCCAGAGUGUGAGAAGAGCUCCGCCACCACCUACUUCUGGUACCGCAGGACCCUGGACAUCUCCGACUCCAUCUCAGAGAGCGGGGGGCUCAACUGGAGGAUGACCCUGUGUCUGGUGGCCGCCUGGACCAUUGUGUGUCUGGCCAUGAUCAAAGGCAUUCAGUCCUCAGGGAAGGUGAUGUACUUCAGUUCCCUUUUUCCUUAUGUGGUGCUGAUCUGUUUCCUGGUGAGGGGACUCUUGCUUCAGGGCUCUGUUGAUGGCAUCAUACACAUGAUCACCCCCAAGGUGGAGAUUAUGCUGGAACCUAAGGUGUGGCGGGAAGCAGCCACCCAGGUCUUCUUCGCCCUGGGUCUGGGCUUCGGAGGAGUCAUCGCUUUCUCCAGCUACAACAAGCGCGACAACAACUGCCACUUUGACGCCGUGCUCGUAUCCUUCAUCAACUUCUUCACAUCUGUCCUGGCCACGCUGGUGGUGUUCGCCGUGCUGGGCUUCAAAGCCAACUUCAUGAACAACAAGUGUGUCCAGCUGAACACAAGGAAGAUUGUUGGUUACCUGGGCAACGAGAUAAGUCAUGACUUGAUUCCUCACCACAUCAACUUAAGUCACGUGAGCCCCGAAGACUACAAGAAGAUGACCGACAUCAUCAGUGGCGUGAUGGAGAGUGAUUACCCUCGCCUGGCUCUGGACAAAUGUGACAUUAAGGACGAGAUGAACAAGGCAGUCCAGGGUACAGGUUUAGCCUUUAUCGCGUUUACCGAGGCCAUGACCCACUUUCCAGCCUCCCCGUUCUGGUCGGUCAUGUUCUUCCUCAUGCUGGUGAACCUUGGCUUGGGCAGCAUGUUUGGCACCAUCGAGGGCAUCAUCACUCCCCUGGUGGACACGUUCAAACUACGCAAGGAGAUCCUCACACUCGGCUGCUGUUUGAUCUCGUUGGGCUUCGGGCUGAUUUUUGUUCAGCGAUCGGGCAACUACUUCGUGUCCAUGUUUGAUGACUACUCUGCCACACUCCCUCUACUCAUCGUCGUCUUUCUGGAAAACGUGGCAGUCGCGUGGGUCUACGGCACCGAUAAGUUCUUUGAAGACCUAAAGGACAUGUUGGGGUUUGCUCCUUCGCGCUACUAUUAUUACAUGUGGAAGUAUGUGACGCCUUUGCUCCUGCUGGGUCUGCUGACUGCCAGUGCCAUCCAGCUGGCCUUGACCCCGCCCACCUACAGUGCCUGGAUCCAGGACCUGGCUCAGGAACAGUCCCUCAGCUACCCGCCGUGGGGCCUGGCUGUCUGCAUCAGCCUGGUGCUCAUUGCCGUGCUACCCGUGCCUGUGGUCCUGAUAUUGCGAUGCUUCGGCAUCACCAUGGACAACACCGCCAGCGGCGGCCCGGCCUACCAGAAGGGCCGUGUUCUUAACGAGAGCAGGAGCAAGGAGGAGGAUGAUGACGCCAGCCUCAUCCAAGGCAGGACGCCCAGCGAGGCUGCAUCCCCUGUGCCAGGCAGCAGUGUCUAUGACAACCAUGGCAUGCCCGGCCCAAGCCCCGCAGAACCCACCAGCAACGGCCACCUUGGCGUCAGCCGUCGGACGGGCGAGGAGCGCGACAUGCCCGAGUCGGGUUUGUGAGGUCCAGCCUCAUUUCGAUCCCCGCCGACGUCGAGCUCAGAGGUCGCAGGGUAACCGUCAUGCCAUUCCUGUUCACCCACCUGCUGCGUCCCUGGGUGAAGGAGAACCUCUCCACCUCUCCCAUAUCACACCUUAGUCACCUUCAGCUCGGUACACCCACACCACACUUCACCCUGCGUACCCCAUGCAUGCUCACCUUAAAAACAAUCGCUUACCUCAAACACCAGUCCCGUAGUCCCCGCUCAACUGUCGAGUGAUUCCACCUUUCACACCACCUCUCCAUGCUUUGCUGUUUAUGGACUUAAAACAGUACAUCAUCUUGUAUUAUAUUUGUAAAUAAUAUAGAUGCACCCCACUUCCCCAGAUGUCACCUGAGUUGUCAUGCACAGGCGAACACCUCCUCCCACACCUGGAUGAGGGGGGCGUGGCUUCCGGGGUUGCUCUACUGUGGAAUGGCUGUAAAUACCAAUCAAGUCGCAAGGGCGGCUGCUGUCCACCAAUGAGAUUAGAAGCAGCUUAGCUACACUGGAACAGUAUAGAAUGUACUGUAUGUGUGAACUACGGGAAAAAAAGUUAGACAUGCAAUACAACUUUUCUUUUGAUAAAAUGACUAUUUUACUGUGUUGCUUCACAGCAUAUGGAUGGCAUUUACAACCCCAAAUGAUUGAAAAGAUGUGCCUGAUUUGUCAUUUAUCGAAUAAUUGGAGAAGUAUGUAUUCUGUAAAAAAAAACAAAAAAAAAAACCCCACAUAUGUAUUUAACCUACAUAUGAUAGUUUGAAUUUUAGGACAUGUUUUGCUAAGAAAUAACUUUUUUUUGAUUGUUUACCUAUUUACUAUCAUUGUAUGGAGUGCUGCCUAAUUACUGUAUAUAUUUAAUUUUACAUGAAAACGCUUUGACAUGUUUUUUCUCAGCCUCAAGGUAUAAAUAAAAAAAAUUAAAAAAAACAGGCCAUGCAAGUGCUGUAUUGAGUUUUAAUGUGUGUACCAGUACAACAUGACAUGACAUGACUAUUCCUCAGGACUGGAGUAUUAAUCAUCAUAACCAGUGUCGUGACUCUGAGUCUUUUACAACAGUCUUGUUCCUCAAUUUUGCACAUAAGACAAACACCAAGCACAUUCACACACCAACACCGCCAAGAAACGCAAGUCAACAAUGUGUUAACAGAAAAAUA